AUGACGGGGGAGGGGGGUUCGGGGGUGGUGCAUUUGGGGGCGCGGGGGCACCGCAAGGGUUUGGAGGAGGAGGGGCGACGGCGGGUGGAGCCCUCGGGGGAGGAGGGGUCGAUGGGAGGAAUCAAUACGGGUUUUCCAACGGUGGAGGCGGAGCAGCCUUUGGACUGGCACCAAUGGACUCCGGACGGAAUGAAUGCACAGAUGCUGAAUGUCGGCGGGAACGUGGCCUCCAACUUCCUGAAAAGCAACGUGGCGCAGUACCAGCCUCGCGUGUCUGGCUACUGGAACACCCUAAAGGUCUACUUCACGGUGGACAACCGAUACGUGCUGAAGAAGUUGAAGGUGCUGCUGCUGUCGGUGUUGAAGAAGGACUGGUUCCGGUUACCGUCGGAGGACGAGGUUAAGGAUGACCAGGGGAGACCAAAGUUCGAGCGGCCCGUGGCGGACGUGAACGCCCCCGACCUGUACGUUCCGUUAAUGUCGUUCAUCACGUUCGUGCUCUUGACCGGGUACGCUAAGGGGUCAGCGGCGGCGCUGUCUGACGGUGCAGGGACGUUCUCGCCAGAGGUGUUGACCGAGGUGACGAGCUCUUGCAUAGUGACGCAGCUGCUGGAGGUGCUCCUGAUCCGGCUGGGGCUGUACCUUCUCAACAGCCCGGCCGUCGUUCUCGACCUCGUGGCGUACACUGGCUACAAAUACGUGGGUCUGUGCAUCAACAUGACCGUCGGGGUGUUUUCGGGCAAGACGUGGUACUACCUGGCGCUCUUGUGGACGGGGUCCAUGAUGUCUUUCUUUAUGUUUAAAACGAUGGCUCACACCGUCCCCACCGGUUCCGCGUCACGAGAAGUGAUGAUCCUUGGGUUUGCCCCCCUGCAGUUUUUGAGCAUGGGGGGGGUGGGACAAUGGAGGGAUUUUUGAGGGCCGCCCCAACCUCCCGUUUUUGUCCCUUGUUUUUGACACUGGGAUUCCGGGCCUGGGUUGGGUGUGCCCCGCAGUU